AAUCACAUUUUAGGUUUAGCUGAUGGGCUGGUCAAAAUGGCGGCGCGGGUGACGGGAACCGCAAGGGUUUUAAACAAAUUGCACGCCUCAAUAGACUCCGGAAAUUAUUAUGAGGCCCAUCAAAUGUACAGGACGAUUUAUUUCAGGUAUCAAAGCCAGAAGAAAUAUGACGAGCUCAAGGAAUUGCUGUAUGACGGAGCCAUCAAACUGCUCACGCUGCAACAGUGCAAUAGCGGAGCCGACCUGGCCAAUCUCUUGGUGGACAUCCUCGUCCAGUCCGAGACCAAACCCACGGAGGAACACAUUGAGCGGCUGGGGCGGCUGCACAGCCUGCUGGCCGCGCACUCUCCCGAGCGGAUGACCUUCCUGACCCGGGCCCUGCAGUGGUCGAGCCCGCCCUCCUCUUCCCCGGACGCGCCCUCCCGGGGCCACCCGGCCCUCCACCGGCUGGUGGCGCUCACCCUGUGGAAGGAGAAGAACUACCAGGAGUCGCGCUACCACUUUGUCCACUCGACGGACGGCGACGGCUGCGCCGCCAUGCUGGUCGAGUUCCAGACGACCAAGGGGUACAGCAGCGAGAUCGACCUGUUCAUCGCACAGACCGUGUUCCAGUACCUGUGCCUACGGAACCCGUCGACUGCGACGCUGGCCUUCUGGGCGUACACCAGGCGGCACCCGAGUGUGCCCAGGGGUCCCCCCUUCUACCUUCCGCUGCUCAACUUCCUCUGGUUCCUGCUGCUCGCCGUCGAGAGCCGCAAGCUGGCGGUGUUCACGGUGUUGUGCGAGGAGUACCAGCCCACCAUCAGCCGAGACCCCAGCUAUCCCCAGUACCUGGACAAGAUUGGGCAGCUGUUCUUCGGCCUGCCGCCACCCCCUAAGCCACAGGGGGUGUUUGGAAACCUAAUACAGACGUUGCUGGGAGGUCUGGAGGACGACGAUCCGGGGACGUCUCAUGGAGCGGCCGGGACAUCGCCGGUGGCCCAGGUUCAGCCGGAGGAGCUGGACUAGUCCGACACGUCUCGAUCUGGCAUCCAACGCUCCCCCGCAAGACCGAACCCACAAAGAGACGACGAAGGGGAAACGCUACCGGAAAAAUCCGCAGCUACGAUCUCCCGAAAGACUGAGGACAGACUGGACGUUUGGCACCGGGGCGACUCGUCGACACGCAGAUUCAACGCUUUAUUUUUGUUACGUCGUCGUUUUCUCCAGCCUACCAGAAAGGCAAAAAUGGAAAUUGAAAAAUAUAAGAAAAAAGAGGCCGACACUUUUGUCGAAACAGCCAGUUACCUUUCGAAGAGUGCCGUCUGCGUCUCGCGAGGGACGGAUGAAGAAAACGAAAAUUUUGUCAUUUGGGCUUGGAGUCCUGAAAACAUGCCGAGAGUCGUAUUCACUAUUUUUUCUUUUCAUCCGGAAGUUUUGUUUUUGCUGAUCUGCACAUUUUUUCAAACCUGACCACCUGAGCAAUAAAAAAAAAAAGAAAAACCUA